AUGUGGUAUUACGCUUGUAAGCUGAACCAAAAUGAAAAGAUGAUUAGUCUAAGACGUUCUUUUCACAUGAAAAUAUCCAAUAUAGUCUCAGAAGUUGUAGUAUUUCUUCUUAGACUUUAUGUUCUUGUCGUAUGGAAUAUAAUAAUAUUAUAUCAGAUAUUGCGUAAAAGAAGGGACUGUUGGAUUCAUAUAAAUGACCUGCGUGUAGUUCAUGAGAAUCAAGGCUUUAUAGUUAUUAAUAAGCAUCCUGAGUUACUUAUAAACUGCACAACCCCAUGGAUCAACUGUUUAACUUUACAAAUGCAGUUGUUUUACAACCGUACACAUUAUGUUAAUUGGAAAUUGAAAAAUAUGUUUCAUUUUGUUCAUCGACUUGAUUUUCCAACAAGUGGUUUAAUAUGCAUUGCUUAUGAUACAAAAGUUGCUAAUAUGAUUAAACGUGCAUUUGAGAAGAGAGAAGUCAAGAAGUAUUAUUUAGCUAUUGUUUGGGGUUAUGUUGGAUCAUUAAAUAACUCAAAUCCAUUAUUCGUUAAACAUGAAUCAAAGUUUGUACAUCAUAUUCAUAUGCCGAUUGGUUCAUUUCCAUAUAUUUGGCCAGACAGUGGACGCAAGCAAAAGAUAAUUGUUCCUAUUACACAUCCAGAAUGUCAUAGACCACGUGAAUCAAUAACAACAGUUAUUGUUUUAAAUUAUGGCAAAUUAUUGGGUGAACCAGCUACACGUUUACUUCUUAUUCCUAAAACUGGUCGUCGUCAUCAAUUACGUGUUCAUUGUGCCAUUGGUUUAGGUCAUCCGAUUGCUGGUGAUAUCACUUACGUUCGUCGUCCAUUCGAUCAUCCUAAUGUUGUUUACUUGAAUGAUAUAUAUACAAUGCAUAACGUUAAUUUAGACUAUAAGUUGAAAAAUAUGAUGUUACAUGCAUACACUUUGAAAAUGAAAUUAAGAAUACACAACAAAAGAAAGAAUAAUAAUAAUAAUAAUAAUAAUAGCAAUGUAUGUGCUAAUAUGUGUUCACAUAGUUUACCUGAAGAGAAAGAAUAUCAAUUUCAAACAAAUGAUAAUCCAUUUUUUAAUUCAAAUGACGCUUAUCUAUGGGAGAAAGAUGAAGAAACUGAAAAGAUGAUGAUGACGACAACAACGGGACAAACGACAAGAUUGCACACAUUGGAAGAAUAUAUAAUGAAUAAUGCAUAUUGGGAUAAUGAUGAUGAUAAGCAUUUUUCAACUUCUAUUGACAAAAAUUUAUAG